AUGAAUGAAUGUGAAUUAGACACAACUUGUCAAAACAAUUCAACAUGCAUUAACAGCUUUGGCAGUUUUACUUGUGCCUGUGUGGAAGGAUGGACUGGGCUAAGAUGCGAAGAGGACAUCAAUGAAUGUGAACUAGGACACUGCAGUAACCUAGGAACAUGCAGUAAUACACCAGGAGGGUUUCAGUGUGAAUGUCCUAUAAGCUGGCAAGGUAACCGAUGUCAGGAGGAUGUAAAUGAAUGUGCCAUGGAGGUAUCUCCAUGCAGAAAUAAUGCCACAUGCCACAAUAUGCUUGGUGGAUUUCAUUGUGAAUGUGCAGAAGGCUGGACAGGACCUCUCUGUGAUGUGGACAUCAAUGAAUGCCUGCUGGUUCCAGACGUAUGUAAAGCAAUAGGUAAUUUCACUGACACAGAAAAUACUACAGAUUAUCAUACAUUAUGUACUAACACUAACCCUGGCUUUGUUUGUACAUGUGAGGACGGCUGGACUGGACCCUUCUGUAAUGAGGAUAUCAAUGAAUGCCUUAUGUCUCCAGGCAUUUGCCGUGUAGAAGUGAUUGCUUCUCAACUAGAAAACUCAACAACUUACCAUACUCUGUGUGUCAACUCUAACCCUGGAUAUGUCUGCAUUUGCCAGGAAGGCUGGACAGGAGAACUGUGUGAUGAAGACAUUGAUGAGUGUUUAGAAAACCCAGAUUUAUGCUCACUCGUAGAUAAUUCUACAGAUAGUAAUGCUCUUUCUGAAGGAAGUCUGACCACAUAUCAUACAGUAUGUUUAAAUACUUAUCCAGGUUUUCUAUGUGCAUGUUCUGAAGGAUGGGCUGGUGAGAACUGUGAUAAUGAAAUUAGCACAGUUACACCUUUACUUGAAAGUACAGUAGAUUACAAAAAUGAAACAAAAGCAAUCUACGACACUACAGCAACAAUGUCUAAUGACACUGGUUAUAGCCACAUGAUUAGUGUUCAUACAAUUAACACUACAGCAGUUACGAAGGAAACUUUUCUGAAUGUACAAACAAGUACAGUAUUCAAUGAUUUCACAAAUGAAGAUUACAGUGGGAAUAGCGAGCUUCAAGCCACUAAAGCAAGCACCACAAAUGAUACAACUGUGAAUACAGAAGACAAUUUUAAUAUUACUAGGGAAAAACAAGAUAUAUCUGUGCCAUUCUACCUGGCAUGCACAAUCAAGCCCACUAUGGAAUGGACUAUCAACAAAGGUCUGAAGCAAAUGUUUCUAGACACUCAUAUGUUUCAAGGGAAGGAACUAACAGUCGUUUACAGAUCACAGGCAGAAACAUUCAAGAACGGGCAGACAGCCACAUCCAUAUACCCUACAGUGGCAGUUAAUGGCAAGAAACUCUCUGAUCAAGACGUUAGUUUUGUCCUCAAUAAAGUUUCUCACAAAAUCAAGGACUAUUUACACUGCCCAUUGUUUCUAGAUGCUGUCCAGGGAAAACGUGCCUUCUCAACUGCACAUCAG